AACUGAAUGUAAAUAUAAAGGUUUGUAUGUCACAUUAAAUUUCUAAGCAGGUAAUAAUUUGUAUCUUUUCGCCAUAACACAAUAAUAAUCUCUGUUCAUUCAGCGAGAUAUUAUACUCGAUUUGUCCAACUCAGCAAACUUCAGUAGUUUCCCCACCAUUCGGCGUUGUUAGACAACCAUAAGUGAUACGUGAUUUAUGGAUAGUAGAAAGUUUCUGGCAUUUUGCAGUCAGUUAUACAUCCAUUAUUAUUUCCUUAUUUAGUUCUCCAGAAUUUUUAAAAUAUGACGACUCUUAGACCUUUUACGUGCAACGAUUUAUUCAAGUUUAAUAACGUGAAUUUAGAUCCCCUCACGGAAACAUAUGGACUUUCUUUUUAUACGCAUUACUUGGCCCAUUGGCCAGAAUAUUUUCAAGUGGCAGAAUCACCAAGUGGUGAAAUCAUGGGUUAUAUCAUGGGAAAGGCAGAGGGGCAAGGAGAGAAUUGGCAUGGUCACAUAACGGCGCUUACAGUAUCACCUAAUUAUAGAAGAUUGGGUUUGGCUGCAAUGUUGAUAAAAUCCUUAGAGCAGGUUUCAGAAAAGAAACAAGCAUAUUUUGUGGAUCUUUUCGUAAGAGUUAGUAAUAAAGUAGCAAUUAAAAUGUAUCAGCAAUUGGGAUAUAUUGUAUAUAGAACCGUUUUAGAGUAUUAUAAUGGGGAUCCGGAUGAAAAUGCUUUUGACAUGAGAAAAGCAUUAUCAAGGGACGUGAAGAAAAAAUCAGUAAUACCAUUAACUCAUCCUGUGAGGCUGGAGGAAGUGGAUUAAAUGUAUGUAUGAACACAUUACUGUGGGUGGAAUGUAAAAUAAGUUAUACGCUUUUCGACAAAUCCGAAAUGAUAAUUAUUAUUGUGAUUAAUACUUGAACUGAAUAAAUAGUCUUUUAAAGUGCA